AUGACGAGCUUAGCGAGCUGUUCUGACCUUGAAGUGGAGUUGACAGCUGAGGUGAGAGUGGAGGGCUCGUCAUUGCUCAGUAUCCUGUCCACUGUCACCCCUGGUAUAGGCAGCAGGAAGACAGGUAAAUACCUUGGUUGCUCUUUGAUCCCCGGCCCUCAGCAUCCCUCGUCCACCUACAACCCCAGGCUACAGGGAGUACUGGACUGCAGCUUGCCCCAGGCCCAGCUCCCAUCCUGGGCCAUGGACUUAACUCAAACCCUAGGACUUAAAGGGAUGCCUGCUGUCCCUCCUCCUCACAGGAUCACAGAGACUGCCAAGAGCCCCCUGCCCUCCUCCACCUCUCCCUCCUCCCCUUCCUCCUCUCCCGCCUCCCCACCUUCCUCUUCAUCCUCCUCUCCUGGCACCGUGGCAACCAGCUACCACAAUGACAUCCAGGAAGGCAGGACCAACAGCGUGACGGUGGGUGACGUGGUGUCCUCCACUUCUGCUUCCCUGGCUCCCCACUCUGACCCCCCUUUCUCCUCCUCUGAUCCCUUGUUAUGCCUCUCCUCCUCACCCCAAAGGGGAACCGACGGACAAAAAGAGGGCGAGACGGAGAUCUAUGACCCGUUUCACCCCACGGAAGGAGAGAGGGAGGGAGGAGCGGCCGAGGAGGAAGAAGGGGAAAAGUAUGACCCCUUUGAUCCGACCGGCUCACCCCCCUCAGCGAGAGAGGAGGAGGAGCGAGAGAUGGGGGGAGGGAGGGAGAGAGGGAACAGCGUGAGCAGCAAGGGGAGUGAUGCCAGAGGGAAGAGAAGGAAGGCAGAGACAGGGAGGACAGGAGGAGAGGAGAAAGACAAUGCUCCUCCAGACUCCACGGACGCUCUCUCUGUUCCCCCGCUCUCCCCGCGCUCCCUCCCUCUCCCCCUCCGGAGGAGGCUGGACCGAUCCAAAGAGCCCCGGGUGAAAGUACGGGACAGGAGAGAGAAGGCGGACCACUCGGACCACUCUGAGAUUGAGGAGGGUGAGAUCGUGGGGGCCAACGAGAGGGACGGAGGGAAGAGGGAGGAGAGAGGCCGGGAAGGAGUUCUUCCUCUCGUCCUCCCCAUCUCCUCCGGCAGUCCUUUCCUCCACGGGGGAGCCAAGCCGGAGAGGAUCCUGAGGGUGCUGGACGGGGACAGCUUUGUGUCGGUGCGGGCUGAGGGGGACUGGGCGGGGCCGGUGAUGCCUGGCAUGGAGGAUGGGGAGCCCAUGGAGGAGGAGGAAGAGGAGGAGGUGGUGGUGGUGGUCGGGGCGGAAGAUCUGAGGAGGAAGCUGGUCAGCCGGCGUAAAGCGAGAUACCGCUCCUCCUCCCCCCCCUCCCCGCACACCGCCGAGAAGGACAAGAGCCGCAAGUCCUGCAAGAGCUCCAAGGAAAGGGAGCGGCGCAAGCGGAAGGAGGGCAAGGUAGGGGAGGAGGAGGAGAGGAGGAGGAGAAAGAAAAGGAAAGAGAAGGAUGGCGGUGGAGAGAAGAGUGGGGAGAGGAAGGAUAGACACAGGGAAAGGGAGAGGGGGCGGCGGAGUGAGAAAGAGAAGAAAACAAAGGUGGAGGAGGAGAGAGGGAGGAGCAGCAGAAGCGAUAGUAGGAAGAGGAAGAAGAGACGACGGAGCACUCCGGAAUCUUCAACACGCCCCCGCUCACAAAACUCCUCAGUGCAGCAGACGCACAGGGGCCGCUCCUGGUCAAACACUUCAGAGGACCGACACAGAGAGAGAGACGGGGACAGAGACAGAGAGAAGAACAGAAACCGGUACAGAGAUGGGGAACGAGACGGAGAUCGAGACAAGGACAGAAAGAAAGACGACACCCGGAGAAGGGAGAGGAAUGGAGACUCCAGCCGGAUAAAUAGGGAAAGAGAGCGAGACGGCGUCCGCGAAUCGACCAGCCGAGAAAGAGGCAGCUCCAAGAGGUCCAAAGGAAGCAUAAAACGAAGGCACCGGGACAGAGAAAGGCACCGGGACAGAGAAAGGCACCGGGACAGAGAAAGGGACAGGGAGAGACGUCGAGACGGUCGACCCGUGGUGCCGCCGUCCAUCCAGGAUCUCAAUGGCUCUGACCUGUUCGCCAUCAAGCGCACCAUCACGGUCACCACGACCACCACCACCACUCUCCCCGGUUCCCCCCCGCUGGCUCCAUCCUCCCCCCGCAGCCCCUCCCAGGGCUCCGACAAGCCCCACAAGAGGCAGAAGAAGAGGCGUCGGCGCUUGGAUGAAGGGUUGGAAGACAGCAUGGGCCGGCAUGGGAGCCGCUCCCUCUCGCCGCCGUCACAUUACCAUGGCUACGACUCUGACCACUUCUCAGACAAACUGGAGAUAGACAUACACUCUCUGGACGGAGAGGCCCUGGACUCAGACUACCCCUCUAUAGAAGACUCCCCACCCCCUCCCCAGCCUUUGGAACCUGCUGCCCCCAGCCCAAGCGCCAAACCAAAGACCGCCACCAAACCUGGACGCCACCACUUCAAGAAGAAAUCCCGAACGGGCAAGAAAGCUGGUCAGUCCGAGUCGUCCUCUUCCUCCUCAGUUCGACCCAAAGGCAAGGGGCUCGCCAUCUCUUCACUCUCCCCGACCCAGGCACCCUCCGGCCCGGCCUCCGCCCCAGCCACCCUCCCCUCCUCGGCCAAACGAGGGCGGAAGAUGGGGAAGGAGAAAGAGCGUGGUGAAAAAGGAGGAAAGAAAGAGUCUGGUCGGUCUGGCAGGUCCAAGAAAUUGAGCGGAGGUGUUGGGAGGAAAGCCAAGCUGCAGUCCAAAGUGUCAGUGCUGGUGCGUGAGGGCGUGAGCAGCACCACGGGGGGCCCGGUGGGCUCAGGGAAGCUCGGCAUGGAGCUCCUCGGUGCGGGCGGGCCAGUAGGGGGCUCUGGGGGGCCGGUGGUGGGUGGCUCCAUUGCAGUGGUCUUUAGGAGGGACAAUGAGAGCAGGUCUCCGUUCCUCAAGCCCUGCUCUGAGCCUCUAUUGCUGAGUGGACGCAACAAGGACCUGGGGAAGGUGGGCAAACGCAGUUCCCUGGCCGCUCCUCCUUCCUCCUCGCUGGCCAAUCCCACGGUGGCAGCACUGAAGUCCAAGAAGGCCAAGCCCAGCUCCACCACCUCCACUUCCUCCUCGGCAUCUUCGCCCUCAUCGUCCCUGGCAACCAAGCGUAGGCGGCGGCUUGCGAAGAAGACGCGGGGAGAGAAAAGCUUAGCCGGUGGUUUGACGGACAUGGAUGGCGCCUUGGCCAACUGUAGCUCUGAGGGCGGCGGCUGGGGUGGGACUUCCUCCGACAUCCAAUCAGGAGUCGGGGCUAAACCCUCCAGUCCGCACUCCGGUCCAGCCGGUCCAAUCCCUUCCUCGUCCUCUUCAUCAUCGUCCUCUUCCACCAGUGUCCUCCCCCCGUCCUCCUCACCCCCCCACACUUCUCCGCCCUCCCUCCCCGCCUCGCGUGAUGCUCGGGAGUCCUCUCCUGACUCUCAGACGGUGGACAGCAGCUGUAAGACCCCCGAGCCCUCCUUCCUACCCGAGGACUGCCCCGCUCAGACCCAGAGCACCCCCAACCUGCCCCCCUCCAGUCCCCCGGCCCUACCCUCCUCCCAGGGGGCAGGCCUCUCACAGUACGGCCCCUCCAACAUGAAGCCCCUCCCUCUGGACGAAGGCUCCAAAUCUUUGGCCUCACCCCCUUGCUCCUCCUCAUCUGGCUCUGCCCCCGCCUCUCUCUCACUUCCUCGUUCCUCCACAGACCCCUCCUCCUCUUCCUCCUCUUCUGUUUCUUCCUCCUCGGCCAACAAGCUGCCACCGCCUCCUCCUCCCCCUCCUCAUGCUGCCCCUACCCUCCCCUGGAGUCUGCAGACAGGAGUGGACUGCACGGCCGGAGGAGUUUUAGCAUUGACAGCUCUGCUGUUUAAGAUGGAAGAGGCCAAUAUCGCAAGUAGAGCCAAAGCCCAAGAGUUCAUCCAUGCUACAAGCCAGAUUCUCUCCCAAACCAAUCAGAACCAUUCAUCGCAGCAUGCCCCUUCCUCUUCUUCCUCCUCCCAGGUUCAUCCUCCCCCAGGCCCCACCCCUGCCCAGUUCAUCCUGCACAGCUCUCUCCCAUUGGUGGGCUGCACCAAAACCCUGCCCAGCCACCUGCACCCUGGCAUGUCUAUGGGUGGCGGCUGUGCCCAGACCCCGCCCCCUCCCAUGCCCUCUGGGUUCUCGGGAGGGUCUGGGGGCUGUAGUGAUAUAGGCUGGGACAACGAGAGCAAGGACCCUGACAAGUACCUGAAGAAGCUCCACACUCAAGAGCGUGCGGUGGAGGAGGUGAAGCUGGCCAUUAAGCCCUACUACCAGCGUAAAGAUAUUAACAAGGACGACUACAAGGACAUCCUGAGGAAGGCAGUGCACAAGAUCUGCCACAGUCGAACAGGAGAGAUCAACCCGGUCAAGGUGAGCAACCUGGUCAAGCUUUACGUUCAGAGGUACAAGUACUUCAGGAAGCACGGUCGAAAGAUGGACGAGGAAGAGAGGGAGGACAGAGAGAUGGAUUCCUCCUAUUGAUUGGACCAGGGGUCGCUCUCCCCCUACUCCCAUUGGUUCAGCCGCCCAAGGACCAGCCCCCCACUCCUUGCACGUGACUGGGCCCACUGAGGCCGUAGAGUGACAGUUGUUUUAUUCCCCUCCCUAUUUGCUGUCCCCAUUUUAAACUCGUAACCCCCCCCACCCCCCUCUCUCGUCUCCUGUGUGUCUUGCUGUACAGAAAUAUUGAGUAGAUAACCACGAAAUAUACACACGCAGUAUAUGAAUAAAAAAUAAGUACAAUGUUGAGGGAGAGAUGCAGAACACACAUGCAUACACACUUACGUGCGCACACACUGUACAUACUGUAAGUACACUACACUGACUCUCUCCUUUUCUCUCUGUGUGGUAUAAACCUGUCAAAUAGUCAGGUUGUUGGUCGGUUGAAUGGAUGGAUGGUUUAAAUAUAGAGAGUUGACACUUGA